GCUUCGCUUGGAUGUCAAAUGAUAACUUGACGAAAGUGAGUUUCGUCAAGUGAGAAUGAGCACGGUAGGAAAUGAUGAGUAGCGGGUGAGUUGCCACUCGCGUGAGUGGCAAUCAUAGAAAAAUUAUAAAUAGGGCAACAUAAUGAAUACACUUUCUCUUGCACUUUGGAAAUUCAACACACAGCGGUAAAUAUUCAGCCCACGCAAAAUCAUCCGAAACAUACGCGAUUGUUCAUGGUGCCGUGACCAGGAUUGUGCGAAUAUCUGGUUUUUAAAUCGCAAGUUUCGAUAAUUGCAUCGGGGUUUCGUUUUACCGCUUGUGCCACACACUUUUUGGAUUGCCGCAAACUUACAGCUGAUUUUGCCGCAUCACGCAAGUCACUGUAAUCGCAAACACCCACAUCCACUAACAUAAUGGCCACACCGCCCGUUGUUUUGGCGUCCCGGCGGACUGUUUUAUUGGGAAUUCUCUCGCGAUACGAGAAAUUCAUUAAGGAUUUCGUCCCUGAACGGGAUCAAGUAGAGGUGGAAAUACGCGUUAAAAGGUUCGAUAAGCUGUGUGCGGAUUUGGAAGCUGUGCAGCAACAAUUGGAAGAUUCUGCCGACACUCCGGAAGAAGUGUCGCAAAAUGCUACACUCAGAGAAAGUUUUGAGGAUAGAUUAAUUCUUGUGCAAUCCCAGCUGCAAGCAAGGUUACCAAAAGAGCAGUUUCAAAAUGCCCAAUCGAGUACCGGAGCGAAUCCGUUAAAGGGCAUCAAACUUCCUACCAUUGCGCUGCCUGAAUUCACGGGGGACUAUAUGCAAUGGUUGACAUUCCGCGAUACGUUUGAGUGCUUAAUUCAUAAUAAUAUGGAUUUACCGGCCAUUCAAAAAUUUCACUAUUUGCGCGCCGCGGUUAAAGGAGAAGCUGCUCAAGUGAUAGAAUCAAUCACCAUAAGCGCAGCUAAUUAUGAUUUAGCAUGGAACACUCUAACGGAGCGAUACUCGAAUGAAUACCUCCUGAAAAAACGCCAUUUGCAAGCAAUGUUUGCCAUCCCAGCUGUACAGAAGGAAAGCGUUGCAACAUUGCACCACCUUGUAGAUGAAUUUGAGAGACACACAAAGAUUUUGCAACACUUAGGAGAAGAAACAAAUACAUGGGGUAGCAUUCUCGAGCAUUUGCUAUGCACUAAACUUCCGAUAAUUACUUUACGCGAUUGGGAGGAGCAAGCCUCAAGCAAUAACGAUCCCAGUUACGACAGUUUGAUUUCGUUCUUGCACCGUCGUAUGCGUGUAUUAGAGACGUUGCUUGUCAACAACUGUCAUACGUCUCAGGGUAACGACCUAGCUCCCGUACGGAGAAUGACCGUUCUUCGCCAAGCCAGUUUUGCUUCCACAUCGCAUGAAAUGCCGAAUUGCAUGCUAUGCAACUCCGCGCACAACCUUCUGAAAUGUCCGCGUUUCGAGCGGAUGGACCCGAAGGAACGCCAUCGGUUUGCUAUGACCUCGCGUUUGUGCUUAAAUUGUUUACGCGAUAAUCAUAUGGCUCGAGAUUGUCCAUCACAGUACAAAUGCCGUUACUGUAAUGCCGCACACCACACAAAAUUGCACUACGCACAUAACAGCCAAGCUUCCACUACACCACAGCAUCACGCUCACCAUAACCCAAAUUUCACUGCACCUCAGCAACACACACACAACACCACUAGCGAUCACACAGCCACAAACAAUACACAACGCACAUUUGCAGCAGCAUUGCAGCAUGCACCCGAACAAGUCAUACUGCAAACUGCUAUGAUAAAUAUCAUAGACGAUUUCGGAAUAGCACAUCCUGCGCGGGCGCUGUUGGACAGCGCAUCGCAACCGAAUCUAAUAAGCGAUCGACUCGCUCAUCGCUUACGGCUGAAGAAAAGUAAUGUGAACAUUACCGUCAUUGGAGCAGGACAAGCUACAAAGACAGUACGGGAGUCCGUACAGGCACAGAUUGUCUCUCGAUCCAGUUCGUUCACUGUGAACACUGAGUUGUUGAUUGUUGACAAUUUGAUUGCAAAUCUACCAACGCGCGACAUAGACAUCAGCGAUUGGAAGAUACCACCUGGUUUCGCUUUAGCAGACCCUCUGUUCAACAAAGCUGCUCCUGUAGACCUCAUUCUUGGUGCUCGUCAUUACCACACUUUCUUUGAGAAUGCAACUCAGUUCCGUCCUGCACCUCAUCAGCCCGUGAUGAUAGACAGCGUUUUCGGCUGGGUAAUGACUGGUCCAACUGGCAGUGACAAUUCUUCACCUAAAACCGAUCCCACCGCAUCAUAUACAAUCGUCUGUAUGGCAUCCUUGGAGGAUUCGUUACAAAGAUUUUGGCAAUUAGAAAAUUUAACCAUGAAUGAUGGAUACUCACCAGACGAACGACAUUGUGAAUCGUUCUAUAAGCAUACCACCAAACGUGACGAUAGUGGUAGAUAUAUUGUUCGCCUACCGAAACAGCCCGACUUUGAUGCAAAGCUCGGCCUUUCUAGACCUCAGGCCAUUCGUCGUUUUGAGCUUCUCGAGCGGAGAUUGGAACGAGAUCCAGCACUUCGAGAAGCGUACCAAGACUUUAUGAAGGAGUACUUAGCACUGGGUCACAUGUCUCCUAUAAGCACUGAUUGUGAUGAUACAGCUGCUUAUUAUUUACCACACCAUCCAGUUUUUAAAGCGUCAAGUACCACCACAAAGGUCAGAGUAGUUUUUGAUGGCUCGGCUAAAACGUCAACUGGCUUUUCGCUGAAUGAAACUCUGCGGGUUGGACCCAUAGUUCAGGAUGAACUCAUCGAUAUUAUUUUGCGUUUCCGCACCUAUAAGAUUGCUGUCGUAGCUGAUAUCGCCAAAAUGUAUCGACAAAUUGUGCUGCAUCCGGAUGAUCGACGAUUGGUUCGCAUUUUCUUCCGUUUCUCACCGCAAUCGCCGAUUGAAUUGUACGAGCUGAAUACUGUGACAUAUGGUUUGUCUCCAUCAUCGUUCUUGGCCACUCGUACAUUGCUGCAGCUUGCGGAAGAUGAAGGUGCUGACUUUCCACUAGCUUCACCCGCACUGAGACACAAUUUUUAUGUAGACGACUUCAUUGGCGGAGCUAACAGCGUGAGUGAAGCUCGCGAGCUUCGUCAGCAACUUUCCGAGUUACUCUCCAAGGGCGGGUUUGAACUCCGGAAGUGGACAUCCAACUGUUUAGGCGUACUAAGUGGUUUACCAGCAGAGCAUAUCGGUACACAGUCAUCACUGCAGUUUGUGCCGAACGAGACUGUGAAGGCACUUGGUAUCGCAUGGAAGCCCGAACUAGAUGUUUUGUGCUUUGAGUCGACUGCAAUAAUGGAAACCGCCAACCUCACCAUGCGAUCCAUAUUGUCAAACAUUGCUCGAAUGUUUGAUCCACUUGGAUUGAUCGCUCCAGUCAUCAUACGCGCGAAAUUGCUAAUGCAGGAGUUGUGGCUGCAGAAAAUCGGAUGGGACGAUCCGGUCCCUGUACACAUCUGUAACAAAUGGAAAUCGGUUACUGACGACUGGAAGGAUUUGGAAAGCUUCAAAAGCGAACGGUAUGUGCUCUUACCUAACUCUAAAAUACAGUUCCAUACAUUUGCAGACGCGUCAGAAGUUGCUUAUGGUGCCUGCAUUUAUGCGCGCUGUGAGGACCAGCAGGGACGAGUACGAGUCAGCCUGCUCGCGUCGAAAUCGCGUGUAGCUCCACUAAAACGAGUUACAUUACCAAGAUUGGAGCUCUGCGCGGCCGUGUUAGGAGCACAUCUUCAUCAUCGUGUUAGACGCGCUAUGGGAAUCGACACAACCGAAUCGUUUUUCUGGUCGGAUUCGACGGUAACGCUAAACUGGAUAGCGUCUCCACCCAACACCUGGAAAACAUUCGUGGCGAAUCGUGUUGCUGAGAUCCAGAACUAUUCGCACCCUCGUCAAUGGAAACACAUUCCCGGUUCAUCGAAUCCCGCCGAUCUGGUGUCUCGAGGGAUGUCAGCAGCUGAAAUGCUAAAAGGAUCGAUUUGGAGCUGUGGUCCUGAAUGGUUGGCGCUAUCCCCCUCCAAAUGGCCAAUGUCAAAUCCAUCACUGACUGCUGAAACGGAUAUGGAAAUUCGUCAGACACGUACACUACAGUCAUCACAAGUUACCUCAGCAGCAUUACCGAUCACCCCUGAGGCUAUAGAAGCAGCUAAAAUCGUGCUUUGUAAACUGGCACAAGAGCACGAGUUUUCAUCAGAGAUCCAACUGCUGAAAAAGGGAGAAAUGGUACGAAAACAAUCACCUCUACGGCGAUUGAAUCCGUUUCUCGACAACGAUGGAAUAUUACGAGUAGGAGGCCGCUUGAAACUUGCACAGCUACCGUACCAGUUCAAGCAUCCCAUCCUGCUUCCCAAAAACCAUCAGCUGGCUCAUCUCAUCGCGGUGCACAUACAUGAGAAGCUGAUGCAUGGCGGGGGAAGACUACUACUUUCCCGGAUACGUGAGGAAUAUUGGCCACUCGAUGGACGUCGGCUAGUAAAAAACGUAGUGAGGAAUUGCUUUCGUUGCAUUCGUCAGGAUCCGCAGCUGACACAACAACAAACUGGUCAACUCCCGUAUGAACGCAUCACCCCGAGCCGGCCGUUUUCCAUAACUGGAGUGGAUUAUGCCGGCCCGCUGUAUCUGAAACCCGCACACAAGAGAGCCGCUGCCGCUAAAUGCUACUUGUGUGUGUUUGUGUGUUUUUCAACGAAGGCAGUGCAUUUGGAGCUGGUGGGCGAUCUCUCCACGGCAGGCUUCUUGGCCGCAUUACAUCGCUUCACAUCCCGGCGAGGAUUACCAUCGGACAUAUACUCCGAUAACGGAAAAAACUUUGAAGGUGCGGCACACGAACUUAAUGAAUUGUUUGAUAUGUUACAGAACGAACAGCACCAAAACGUCAUCGCAUCCAACUGUUCGGACAGGGGCAUAACUUGGCACUUUACCCCACCUAAGGCCCCACAUUUUGGUGGAUUGUGGGAAGCAGCGGUUAAGACGGCCAAACGACAUCUCUACAGGCAGCUAGGCAGUUCGAGGCUGUCUUACGAGGGAUACAGCACCAUUCUGCAGCAAAUAGAAGCGGCAAUGAACUCGCGUCCUUUGUUGCCAAUGACGGAUGACCCCAAUGAUUUGGCAGCGCUUACGCCGGCGCACUUCCUGAUCGGUUCUUCUAUGCAUGCUGUCCCGGUUCCCGACUACACACGACUGAAACCAUACACGUUAGACGAAUUGCAGAGCUGGCAAUUGCUUGUGCAACGCUUUUGGAAGCAUUGGACAACCGAAUAUCUGCAGGAAAUGCAGAAGGAUAAUAAGGUAGUGAAUCGUAGCGAAAUAGUACCUGGCAGACUGGUCAUCCUUGCGGACGAUUCGCUCCCUAUCACCCGAUGGCCACUUGCUCGCAUCAUCGAUGUACACCCAGGAGAAGAUCAGCUUACGCGUGUAGUGAAGUUGAAAACGGCAAAAGGAAUAGUUACGCGUCCAGUAGCUAAAAUUUGCUUGUUGCCUGUUGCGAAGCCUUCCGAUUAGCAGCACGUGUAGUUUGUUUUUGUUCAUGACAUUCUGUCAUGGGGGGGAGUAUGUUGACGCUUCGCUUGGAUGUCAAAUGAUAACUUGACGAAAGUGAGUUUCGUCAAGUGAGAAUGAGCACGGUAGGAAAUGAUGAGUAGCGGGUGAGUUGCCACUCGCGUGAGUGGCAAUCAUAGAAAAAUUAUAAAUAGGGCAACAUAAUGAAUACACUUUCUCUUGCACUUUGGAAAUUCAACACACAGCGGUAAAUAUUCAGCCCACGCAAAAUCAUCCGAAACA